AUGGGAGACCUGAAAGGGGGACAGGAACUGCUACAUGAGCUGACACGGGGUUCGAAUAUAAACUCCUCCGGGGUAAAGGAGUUGAUCCGACACUCUCUGGAGGCUAAAAAUUUUGCAUACUGUCCCUACAGCAAGUUCCGAGUUGGGGCUGCACUUGUGGCCCAUGACGGCAAAGUGUUCACAGGCUGCAAUGUUGAAAAUGCCUGCUACAACCUGGGCAUCUGCGCAGAGAGGACUGCCAUCUCGAAGGCCGUAUCAGAAGGAUACAGAGAUUUCAAAGCCAUCGCAAUAGCCAGUGAUUUGUGUGAACAGUUCAUCUCCCCCUGUGGAGCGUGUCGGCAGUUCAUGAGAGAAUUUGGUGGCAGCUGGGUGGUGUACUUAUCCAAAUCAGAUGGUUCGUACAUAGAGAGGACAGUUGAAGAACUGCUGCCCGAGUCUUUCGGACCAGAGGAUCUGAAGAGGAAGAAGAUGCACACUAUUCCAAAGGAGUUUUAA